AUUCUUGAGAACAAAAACCGUUAAAAUGAUUUCAAAACGCACUCAAAACAGAGAAAAAAUCACGCGCGCGUCAGUAUUUUGAAAAGUUAAUUUAUUUAAAUGAAUUAGACAGUUCUGGUGGGCUAAAGUGAUAAGAAGGAAGAGUCACAGAUAAGACAUAAAGUGAAAAAUUAAAGAGAGCUGAUAAGACUUGAUUAAAAGUGAAAAAAUUCAAUUUUAAUAAAUUUACGCGCAAAAUCUUUUUGAAAAAUCGUUAAAGUUUGACAACAAACAAUAAUUAAGUAUGGAAAAGCGAGUAAGCAGAACAAGAGCUGCACGUGAAAAGAGCCCACCAAGUAGUAGGACGCGUAGUAAGUCUCCAGCACGAGUUGAAGUCUCUGGACGAGAUUCAGCACCAAUUAAAAAGACCCGAAUAACAAGAAAGACUGAAAGAGAUUCUGAGGAAUCAUCAAGCCAAUCCAGCACUCCAAAGAAAUUAAAAGUUGGUAAAAAAGAAAAACAAGUGAAUAUUCAAGAUGAUUCAGCUGAAAAUGAAGAAGUUGCUGAUAUUAAUGCACGAAGUACACGACUUUCGACACUCCGUAAAAGAACCAGUCCUGUUACUUACAAAACAACUCCAACACCAUCAACUACCGAUGAAAUUAGGAGAUCUGUAAGUAGAACAGCAAGUUCAUUGACAAAAGAAGAUACUGACGAUGAUGAAUUGGAAGUAAAUCAAGUUCCAACUCAGCAAACAGACUUUCAAAGUUUGGGAAUCUACACGAAACCAUUCGCAAACUUUUUAUUGUUGAUUGUACUGGCAGUUUUCCCUAUAAUUAUUGCGACAGCAUCAAGAGUUGGAUGGAAGUGCUCUUUAAUCAUCCCUGAGCUUAAAAACAUUGAAAACUUUGUCACACUUCAGGCAUUUUCAUUUAGCGUUGCGAUUCACUCACUGUCAGUUUUGGUAUCAUUAUUACCUGUUGGACGAUUCGUAAAGCUACCUGAUUCAGAAAAGGAAUAUCAAUUUAAUGGUACAUUAGCGGCAUUUCUAUUGUCAGGCAUUUUAUUUGCUCUGGAAUUAAAGAAUUUGGAUUCAUUGACUGCUCUCUAUAAUAAUGUCGAUCGUCUCUUGUUCCUUAGUAUUGUUAAGUGCUUAAUAAUAGCAAUUUUCUUCUUAAUCAUGCCAAAAUACAACACAAGAAUUUUGCCAAAUACUGAAGUAAAUGUUUAUGGUAAAAGUGGUAAAAUCUUGAAUGACUUGGUUGCUGGACGUGAAUUGAAUGCUAGACCAUUUGGAUUUGUGGAUUUCAAGAGAAUUGUCUAUGUCCAAUCGAUCAUCUACAUUCUCGUCAUUAACAUCGCAUAUCUAUACAAAAAUGUGACAAUCCCAAUUGUUCAAACUGCCACAGAAGCAAGUCCAGUUGAUGAACUUGUCAAGCAGACUUACAGCAAUGUCGUUUUUAUCGUUCAAAACUCGGAAUAUAAUCUAGCUGGAUUUGUUGCAUCAUCAUUGUUGAUUUUGUAUGCACUUGAUUUAUUGAUUUUCGAGCAUCACCUAGCAACAUCAUUCCAAGUGAACGAUGAAGGUACUGGCGCAGAAGUUUUGUUACGUUUUGCCACCUUCCCAUUCUUGAUUUCAUUCCUUCCACGUUAUUUAUUCACGAAUAAUGUUUCUGUCAACUGCUAUGUCCUUAUGUUUGCUGCGACUGUAUUCAUCAUUGGAUUGGUCAUUAAACGAUGCAGUAACUGUCUUAAAUAUGAAUAUCGAUUACAUCCGAAUGACGCUAAGUUUAAAGAUCUCGCAACAUUGCCAACUUUCCAAAAUCAUCGUCUCAUCAUCGGAAAAUGGUGGUCUAGAAUCCGUCAACCGAAUCUUUUUGGGGAAAUUCUCCUACAUCUUGCUUUAUUGAACUUGUUAGCACCAAGUUUUGACUGCUCAAGCUUCUUUGGGAUCUUCAUAAUCAUUGUAUAUCUCAUUUAUCGAUCGAUUGCAAUUAACCGAAAGAAUGCUAUCAAAUAUGAAUCUUCAUGGCAGCGCUAUACGUCUGCUGUCAAGUACAACUUAGUGCCAAGAGUCUAUUAACUAUUGUAAACUAUAAAUUCAUGUGUGGAUGCGUGUGUUAACUUUAAUAACUAAUCCAGGAUUGCAUCUAGUAAUUUAGAUAUAUCCUUAGCAAUUUAUCAAUGUAUUGAUAAUAACUUAAAACUCCUGCAUGUACUGCACAAAUCUGAUUUUAAUUGCCAUAUUUUAAGCUGCGUGAAAUUUUUAACUAUUUUAUUAUCUUUUUAACGGAUAAAGGCUGAUUUUUUUGUAUAUACUUAAACUACACAACACUGCUCAAUUUGGCCAUUUUUAACACAAAACUUUUUAAGUACAAACAAAUCAUCCCCAAUUUUUAAUUCUUAACAAUAAGUAAUCAUAUUAAAAUAUUUUAGACGAAUUCGUUUAGAUGUUAAGGACAUAAGAAAUAUCAAUUUUUUGAUAUUUUAGGGUAUAAUGAUAAUUUCAAAUAUUUUAUCUAUUAAGUAAAUUGAUUCACGAAUUGUUUGGUGAUAGACAUAGUAAAAUACAAAUAAAGACAAG